AUGAGCGCAAUGGCUGAUCUCUUCCUUAAUCUAGAUUAUCCUCGCGUCCAACAGGAGCCUAUUCGUGCUUUGUCUACUGUGCGCAUCAAUCCUCGGAUUGAAUCGGUAUUGAUAAACAACCACUCAAUUCGCGAUAUUGGUCUUCUAGCAAACUAUAAGCAUAUUCGUACCAUAAGUCUGGCUCACCUGCGGCUUGACACUAGCCUUUCAGAGCUGCUGAUCUUCUUAGGAGAUGCAGACAAAUUUCCAAUGGUCAAGGAGAUCAGCAUUGAUAAUGUUGUUUUUCAAGCAAGGGAGGAAGAGCAGACGCUUUUAAAGGAGCACCCUUCUCUUAGCGCCUCUGUUCGGCGGCGCUAUAGCCAUGUCCGCAAAUUAGCCAUAUCCGGAGUCUUCAUUCCGGGAAAAACGCCAGUCCAAACAUUUAUUACCAUGGCCUCUGUUGCACUCAAUGCACUUACUCUGUGCGAGCUUCAGCUAGACCUCCAAUCUCAAGCCAACAGUUCCGAUACAACGCACACCGAUCUUGCACACAUUGUCGGCCUACUGGUUGCUUUUCCAAACUUGCAAACGUAUAACACAGUCCAGAUAACGGACCAACUGCAGAGCCUAUCACGAAGCCGGGCAUCUGAGCUCCUUCUUUCUAUGAGAGCUCGGCUACAAGAUGCGAAGGGCCUUCUCGAAGAAACGAUUAUGCAGCUCAACAAGCGAGGGGAGACAAUCAAGAGUCUGAAGGAUGCGCUAGCUGAGACUAAGCAUGAGAAGGAGCAUCUAGAAGAGGAGGUACUUUCGCUGUCUGCCACGUGUGCCACACUGAGGUCCAGCAAUCUCAGACUAUCUCAAAGCAAUGAUCUUCUAGACUAUCUUGGUGCUAGUGCACAGACAUUCUGCAGCACGCAUCAACCUGAACUUUCUGGGACUGCUGCUCCUCUAAAACUAACAGACUCAUCACCAUCAUUAUCCUUAUCAUUACAGCAACAACAACAACUCUGUUCAUCGGCAGUGGCAGAAACUCAGACGGACCCUGGGCUGUUGGUACCAUCUGUCAGUCGGGCUGUUGCAGCACAACCUUCUCGACCAAUGCUUCCGUGCCAGGACCCUCUUCAAGAGAAUUAUCCUCUGCAUCUCCUCGAUAAGCGUCCAGAGCACUCCAUCGAUGAAGUCUCAAGCACCUUCAGAUUGCUGUCUGAAAGCAUAGCUCUGGCAAGGGCUGAGGUACAAUGCAACAGAAUCGGAAUGGUAACCGAGGACUUGUAUAGCCAGUUCAAUCAGAAGAUACGGCAGAAGAAUGAUGAAAUUAAAAUCCUUGUAGAUGCCCUUGUGCAGGUUCACAACGAAGAGGAGCAGUCGAGCUACCAUGACAAAGCAGAACUAGCAAAGGCGCGAAGAGCCAUUUCUAAUCUUACAGAGGAGAUAGAGCAGCUGCGGAACGCCGUAGGAACUACGCAGGAGAAUUUGCAAGAAAUGACUGCCGAACGCGACGAUUUAGCCUCCAAUCUUUCCCGAGUGGAGAAGGAAUUAGCCUCCACAAUUGAAAAUCAUCGAGCUGAGCUAGCUGCUAUUCGAGAAUCAACAAUGGCAGAAGCAGAGAUGACCAUUACCGGCAAGAUGAUGGAGGCUAACGCCCACAUUCGCUUGCUGGAGGAUAAUAUCGUCAGCAUGACAGAUCAAAUUAAACUGCAGGAGGCAGAGCUUGCUGUGAUAGAGGAAGGUUACUGCAAGAAAUGCAUGCUAGCGUCUCUCACGCGGUUUGGCGUAUCAAGUCCACCAGGGGAGGGUAUCCACGCCGCCUCUUGCGCAGCAACUCAGACAGACAAGGCCACUAAUAGUGUAUCCACUGCAUGUCAGCAUAUUAUGGCAACUUCUAACAAAGCCACACACACGAUGCUUAUAUCAACAGUGACACUCGUCACGAAGUCGGUUGCAUGUCAAGCAAGCGGCGACGACUCUGAGCCUGUAUCCCUACAGUGCUACUCGCUCCAAAGCCCCAUCCACACCACCAGCUGUGCGGUUCAAACGGACGUAUGCCCGGAGAUGGGGCCUGCCGAGCUCAUAAGUAGCGUGCUUCAAGCGCCCCGAUUUGAGGAGGCUUUGCGAGAAACAAAGCAGCAGUGCAGUGAGCUGAAAGCGGAGUGUGCCGCUCGAGAAACUGAACUUAAAGCUCUUCUACAAAAGCAUCAGAAGCUCAACGAUUGCAACCAGAAGCUAGUUGCUGAGUGCACAAGGCUUAACGCGGAGCUGUCACGGCAGAGAAUCAGAUCCUCUUCCCCUCGGGUCUCGUCGACAAUUGAGAUUGAUAAUGUUAAUGUAGAAAAAACAAAGCUGUUGUUAGAUCUGAAUAAAGCACUGCAGCAGCGCGACGCAUACAAGCAGAAUCUCAGAAAAGCUAUUGUCUACGUAACCAAGCUCAUGUCACUGCGCACACAUGGCGCCGAAGCGUUGAGACAAGGAGAAAAGAAAUACAGACUGCUAAAGGGCAAAGAUGAAGCGGGAGAACACGACGUAUAUGAGGAACGAAUAUUAAAGCUUCAGCACCAAGUGCGGCAACUUGCUAGACAUAAAUCAGAGCAAACCAAGUAUGCUGAGGCCGUUAUUGGGAAGCAAGACAUGAUGCAACAUCACAAUCUGUGCCCUAGGCGGGCCAGGUCCGAGCAUGCCGCCAUGUGCAGUCCCGCUAUGAGCCAGGAACUAAUAGAAUCUCUAGAGGAGCUUGCCAAGCGUGUCGAUGCGAUGCUUCCCGAUAAGCGAGGUAGCAAGGUUUAA